UGUCUAUUUAUUAAUUUUUUGGCAAACAUACAAAUAAAAAUGAAUAUACAUAUAAGAAAAAUCAUAAAACUAUUUUUGUUUUGACAAAAUAAAAUAAAAAUAAGCCGCAUUUGAAUUUCGCAACACAUACAAUUUAUUUAAUUUAAUUAAUUUUUCAAGUUACCUUCAAUAUGAUUUCACUGCGUUGUAUAGGUCCAAAAAGGACUAUCCUCGACUACAAACGCUUCCAAAUCCAACAAUUAUAUGUACUCAUCCACUUAGACUCCACAAAUCAAGUCUCCACUGUAUUCAGAAAACGUAAGUUCCGCCCAAUCCAACCAGAGUUUAAUGCUGCCCAAACUGUCCCCAAACAAGCCAGAGUUGUUAUCUGUGGUGGGGGCAUAACGGGAGCAUCUGUUGCAUAUCAUUUAGCCUUAAAUGGCUGGGGACAAGAAACACUACUAAUCGAACAAGCCGAAACUGGUGGCGGUAGCAAAUGGAGCGAUAUCGGCUUAGCAGGAAGAUUCGAACCUACAUACAAUGCAUUAAAGUUAGCCGAGUAUUCUAUAGACUUGGUUAAAGACUUGACUGAGAAGGGUCACUCAACGGGAUGGAAACAAGUUGGGUCAUUGAGUUUGGCCAGGACAUUCGAUCGAAUGACUUCCUAUAACAGAAUGAAAUCUCAAGGUUCCGCUUGGGGAAUUCCUUGUGAAAUAGUUACUCCAGAACAAUGUAAAGAAUUAUGUCCAAUAAUGGAAGUGGGAGAUUUAGCUGGUGGAUUAUGGAUAUCAGCGGAUGGAAUCUGUGAUCCACGUUUAGUAUGCGACACUUUUAUAAAUGAAGCAAAGCGAAUGGGUGCCACAGUCAUUGAACACUGUGCUUUGAAAAAGGUCAGACAGGAGGAAAAUAAAGUAAUUCGUGUUGAAACCACCUCCGGCAACAUAGACUGUGAAGUUUUUGUCAAUUGCAGUGGAUUCUGGGCCAGAGAAGUUGGUACUUUAUCUUCACCAAUUGUAAAAAUUCCUCUUCAGCCGGUAGAACAACAUUUUCUUCACACAAAACCCAUUGAAGGACUCGAUUCUAAUACACCUUUUGUUAGGGAUUGUGACGGUGGAGUCUACUUUCGGGAAAAAAAUGGAGGUAUUAUAGCUGGAGGGUUUGAAGCCGAAGCCAAAUGUGCUUAUGAAGAUGGUGGAGUUCCUUUGUCGCAAGAUGAACGUGAACUCUUACCAAACUGGGAUCACUUCCAUCCUCUGCUGGAUGAGCUUCUUUUACGUGUUCCUAAUUUGAAAAAUGCCAAACUUGAGCGUCUUUGCAAUGCUCCGGAAGCUUUUUCUCCUGAUUGUAAUUGGAUCCUAGGAGAAUCGCCUGAAAUUCAAAAUUAUUUCAUCUCUGCUGGAAUGAAGACAAUGGGUGUGUCUGGUGCUGGUGGAAUGGGAAAAUCGCUGGCCGAUUUAAUUACAAAAGGAUACACUGAAUUAGAUUUACAUAAAGUAGAUAUCAAGAGGUUUUUGGGAGUUCAUAGCAAUAGGAAAUUUUUAAGGGACCGAGCCAAGGAGGUACCUGGAAAGUACUUCAAGAUUAACUAUCCAUAUCAUGAGUUUAAAACGGGGAGAAAUCUUCGAAUGUCGCCUAUUUUCCCAGCACUUAGAGAAGCUGGUGCAGUUUUUGGGCAGUUAAUGGGCUACGAGAGGCCGAAUUACUUUGAACAAAAAAAUAAGCUUGAUGAACAUGGUAUUCCUCGUUUUCGCGUCGCACAAACGUGUACCUUUGGUAAACCACCAUGGUUCGACUAUGUUAUGGCUGAAUAUAAUGCUUGCAGAGAGAGAAUCGGUCUGGCGGACUAUAGUUCAUUUACGAAAUAUGAUAUUAAAUCAAAGGGACGAGAGGUGGUAGACCUUUUACAGUAUUUGUGCUCUAACGAUGUUGAUGUGCCGAUUGGAUCUAUAAUUCAUACGGGAAUGCAAAAUGAUUGGGGAGGUUACGAGAAUGAUUGCUCAUUAGUGAGAAUCACUGAAAAUCAUUUUAUGAUGAUAGCACCAACUGUUCAACAAACUAGAUCAAUGGCCUGGAUAAACAAACAUAUACUUCCGGGAGCAGGAGUAAAUAUAUCUGAUGUAACAUCUAUGUACACUGCAAUUUGUGUGCUCGGACCUUACAGCAGAAUAUUGCUCUCUGAACUGACUGAUACGGAUCUUUCGCAAAAGAAUUUCCCAUUCUUUACAUAUAGGGAAUUAGACGUGGGCUUAGCCAAUGGUGUACGAGCUAUGAACAUAACUCACACAGGAGAAUUAGGUUAUGUUCUUUAUAUACCCAACGAAUUCGCAUUGCAUGUGUAUGGAAGACUUGUAGAAGCUGGCCAGAGGUAUGGCAUUCAGCAUGCAGGCUAUUAUGCAACCCGAGCUUUAAGAAUAGAGAAAUUUUACGCUUUUUGGGGACAAGAUUUGGACACAUUUACAACUCCCUUGGAAUGUGGUCGUAGUUGGCGUGUUAAAUUCAAUAAACCUAUUGACUUUAUUGGCCGUAAGGCACUAGAAAAACAGCGAAAAGAAGGUGUACAUCGUAUGUACGUUCAACUUCUUCUAAACGAUCAUGAUCACGAAGUUGAUCUUUGGUGCUGGGGAGGAGAACCCAUCUAUCGUAACGGUGCCUACUGUGGUAUGACCACUACAACUGGCUAUGGAUUUACUCUUAAGAAGCAAGUAUGCCUUGGAUUUGUCCGACAUAUAGAUGAAAAUGGACACGAAAAACCAGUCACGAAUGAUUAUAUCUUAUCUGGUCACUAUGAAGUCGAAAUUGCUGGAAUUCGAUAUGAAGCUAGGGUAAAUCUACAUUCUCCUAACUUACCAACAAAGUUCCCUGAUCGGGAGCGAGAAGCUUAUCAAGCGACUCGUGAUAAACCAGAUCAGACUGAUUUGCUUUACUAUGAAACAAAACCUUAGAAUUAUUUAAUUCAAAGAUAAAUGUAUUAAGUGUCCUUUGUCAAAAAGUUCAAUUUUUCAUUAAUAAAAAUUGAUUUGUUGAUAA